AUGAAAUGUCAAAAUCACACCGUGGUGAAAGAAUUCAUCUUAGUAGGUUUUCCGGGCAUCCAGAAAGUGAAGGUUCUUGUGUUCCUGACCAUGGUGGUGACCUAUUCAUUAACAUUAGUUGGGAACUUCACGAUCAUAUUCCUAGUGUGGAAAGAUUACCGUCUUCACACCCCCAUGUACUGGCUCCUUUGUAACCUCUCCUUCUCAGGAGUCUGCUUCACCUCUGCCAUUGUCCCGAAAAUGAUGAUGAACAUGAUCACAGAUACUAAAGUAAUCUCCUUCAUGGGCUGCAUGAUCCAAAUGUACUUCUAUUUCUUCUUGGGAACUUGUGAUUACAUUCUAGUGGCUGUGAUGGCCUUUGAUCGAUACGUGGCCAUCUGCAACCCAUUGCGUUAUCCCAUCAUCAUGAGUGGCUGGUUCACAUUCCAGCUUGCUGUUGGGACUUGGCUGGGAGCCUUUCUGUCUGUUCUUUCAUCAACCAUUGUCUUCUUCCAGCUCCCAUUCUGUGGUCCAAACGUCAUUGACCACUACUUCUGCGAUAUCAUCCCAGUGUUGAGGUUAGCCUGUAGGGACACAACUGCACUUGAGUGGCUGAGCUAUGUGUCAACUGCCAUUGUAGUAUUGAGUUCACUGCUGUUAACUUCGGUGUCCUACCUGUGCAUCAUCACCACCAUAGUGCGCAUCCCAUCCGCCACUGGAAGGCAGAAGGCUUUUUCCACCUGUACGGCUCACAUCACAUUGGCGUCUGUCUUCUAUGGAUGCUCCAUUUUCAUGUACUUGCUGCCGGAGAAAACCCAUACAUCAGGGUUUUACAAAACUGUGGCUAUUCUUCAUACUGUGGUGACUCCUUUAUUUAAUCCAUUCAUAUAUACACUCCGGAAUGAGAAGGUGAAGGAGGUAAUGAAAGACACUGUAAAGCAUAUAUGCAUACUUGGAAAAGAAAAGUAG